CUCACGCCGCUUGACGCCAGUCUAGGACACCGCCAGAUGAUCGGACUGUCUGCUUCAGGGUUGGGUUUUCUCUUUUAUCCGAAAAGAGGGGAAAAAGCCGAGCUUAAAGCAAGAUGAGACGAAGGCACUGACUGGUUUACAGACUUGCACCGCUUACUAUGGCCAUAAGGGAACUGAAGGUUUGCCUGUUGGGGGAUACAGGAGUUGGGAAAUCCAGUAUCGUUUGCCGAUUUGUUCAGGAUCAUUUUGACCACAACAUUAGUCCCACAAUAGGAGCGUCAUUUUUGACCAAGACUGUGCCGUGUGGAAACGAGCUGCAUAAGUUUCUGAUCUGGGACACGGCGGGGCAGGAAAGGUUCCAUUCUUUAGCCCCUAUGUACUACAGAGGAUCGGCUGCUGCUGUCGUCGUGUAUGAUAUUACUAAACUGGACUCCUUCCAGACUCUGAAGAAGUGGGUGAAGGAGCUAAAGGAACACGGUCCAGAGGACAUUGUUGUAGCAAUAGCAGGGAAUAAGAAUGAUUUAGGAGACAUCAGGGAAGUGCCUAUGAAGGAAGCUAAGGAGUUUGCUGAGUCCAUUGCAGCUAUUUUCAUUGAGACUAGUGCAAGAAAUGCUGUUAAUGUUGAGGAGCUCUUUCAGAAAAUCAGUAAACAGAUUCCACCCCUGGAAAAUCCAGAGGUGGAGAGCAACGACUCCUUUAAACUCACCCGGCAGCCUGCUCCAUCCGCCAGGAGAUGCUGUUAAUACCAGGAGGGGCCGACGACAUUACUCCCUUCAGCACCAAGGACCCACCAGCAUAGUCCACAGUGUCUGGGGGCAGACAGAGGUCAGCUUGCAUGUGUGCUCGGCUGCAGCAUUAGAUGGGUCAAAGCACACGGAUUCAUUUAACUGCAGCAGUUUCAAAGCGGCUCAAGCAGAAAGCCUGUAGCGUGUCUCCCUCCUGUGGGGAGUCUCCUGAAUUACAUUCAGAUUUUGUUUCCGGUACUUUACAGGUCUCAUCAUUAAGGACCGCUGUAUCCUCCCUUCGUAGUACUCUUAAAGUAAAGCACAAUAGAACGUAUAUGAUCGAGUGGAUGUGCUCUGAAACUGGGGUAUUUUUGUUUUUUAAAUGUCAAUUGCUCUGUAGAUUUUGACUUGUGGAGCUUUUGUGUUCAUACAUACAUCAGUCUGUCAUUAGGGGGUCUGAGAUGAGCACUUAUUUGUGUAGCUCCGAGGCAGCAGCUCUACAUUCCUGUGCGUCAUGUGUUCUCACACGUUUUGCUGUAUAAGUGUCUGAAUGUAUUGCUGCAGAAUUAACAGCUUAGGGCUCUAAAUCAUAACUACAGCAUGACCCCCCCCCCGCCGUUGAAACACUGUGACCGAUGCUGGAAUUGUUUACAUAGAGGUUUUUAAAGGUGUUUUCUACAUGCUGAAAUUGUAUUGUUUAAGAUUUCACUACAGGGAACGACCUCACACGCCUCAAAACCAGACCAGUGUCUUACCUGAUAUACAUUACGUUUAUACUGUUACGACGGUAGGAGGCUGGCGUGUGCUUUUCUCUAAAUGUGUCUACAGGGGAUAAAGGGUAGAAAAAAUUAUGAGUAGUGUAUUUGUGCUCAAUAAACUCUAGAGAGUUGGAAUCACAUCCUAAUUUGUAAACAAUGGAAACAAGAAUAAUGUGCUGAAGUUGUAAAAAUAACAUUUACAUUGGAUUUGCUGCAGAUUCUUCAGCCGUAAUAAUCUUAGAUUUGACCUCUUAAAAAAUUUACAACUGCACUUUUACGUACCAUGACCACAGUUUUAUUAAAACAGUGCUCAGUAGUAGCAGGAUUUGGUAAAAUGGACACAAAAGUUCAUGGAUGCAAUAUGACUUUUGUAUUAACAACAUUUCUGUUUCCACAUUUUCAUAGCUUCAAAAACAUGUUUACAUUUGUAUGUUGUCAGUUUAAAAUGACUCCUGUUUCCACAUCUGUGAGUUGGUAAAACUCACUUAUUGUAUAUGUGUCGUUACAUUCCACUCUGUAGAGUCCUCACUAAAUGUUUUUUGUGGAUAAAUAUUUUUCCCGCAUGGUCUGCCUUUUAUCGGAGGGAAAUGUCAACCAUAUGGUGCGAUCGCCCACCCAAAUUCAAAACUGUGAUUAGCUGGGUCCAAAUUGAAAGUUAAUUGCCUUCAGGCCCAGAUUCCUAGAAAGUUAAUCAAAAAUUUUCAAUGCAUUCUGGCAUGAAAUUAACCUCCGUACAAAAAAGCAAUGACAUAAUAGUGAGCAGAUUAUUAUGCUAUUAUGAAGAGAUCUUGAACUAGUAUGCUGCCAGAGAGUGCCUUUUUUAAAAUGUUCUUAACUGAUGUAUGGCAUGAAAAACGUGCAUACUGCUGGAGUAAAAAAAAUGUGUAAAAUCAAACCAUCUGUACACGAGUCCACUUUUAUAUUCUAUGUCCAAGUAUAAACUUACCCAAUUAAUAUUUGUAAUCAAUCAAUGUAAUAAAGUAUUACUAAUUA